AUGGAUGCAAAUACACAGGCGCCAAGGCCUCAAUUUCGCUCGAUAUCAACAACAUCAAAUCUUUCAUUAAGCUCAUCCUCGAGCAGUAUCACGAGAGUAGCGCUGGGACCGAUACAGGCGAUGGGGAAUAGUUUUAACAGGGCAGCAAAUAGUGAAGAAAGUCUAUACUAUCAGAGUUUGCGUUUAAAACAGCGAUUGGAGUCGAUUGAGGAGAUGAAGCCAUUUUUAGAGUCAGCAUUCGAAGUAGCUGAGCAGAGUGCAGAACAACAGGCUUUGGCAUUAUCACAACAGUUACAAGAGGACGUUAGAAUUAAUGGUGACAACGAAUUCAGGGCGUCUAUGGGGUCUGGCGGGUUUUCAAUUCACUCUGACACGUCUUCGAUGACAUCGGUGGGUACUAAUAGCAGCCCUGCCAAUGCCAAUCACAAUAUCUUCACAUUCACUGCAGGAGUACUACCUGCCAAUAUAGGGGUAGAUCCUGCAACACAUUUGUGGAAAAUGUUUCAACAAGGAUCUUCGUUGUGUGCAUUAUUCAACUGCGUGGUGUCGGAUUAUUCGAUACCAAUAGUUGGCAGUGACGAUCUCAGAGUGUGUAAGAAGUCUGUAUAUGACUUUUUGAUAGCAGUGAAGAUGCAUUUAAACUUCGAAGACGACUCGAUGUUCACCAUAUCGGAUGUAUUCCUGGAUAACACGCAUGACUUUUUAAAGGUGUUAAAAGUAGUGAAUAAAUUGGUGUCAUUAAAAACAACUAAGAACCCAGUAAACUUUGAAGUAGAUCAGUUGGCAAUAGGAGAACUUUCUGUAAGUGAUGAUCGUUCAAAGGUGCUAAAAGAGAUGAUAGAAACAGAAAGGAAAUAUGUUCAGGACUUGGAAUUGUUACUUGCAUAUAAAAAUGACUUGAAGAAUGCUGAACUUGUUUCGAGUGAACAGAUACAUAUCCUUUUCCCCAAUUUGAAUGAAAUCGUUGAUUUUCAAAGAAGAUUUUUGAAUGGAUUGGAAUGCAACGUAAAUAUACCACAUAAAUACCAGAGAAUUGGGUCAAUUUUUAUACAUGCUGCAGGCGGCCCGUUCCGUGCUUAUGAACCGUGGACAAUUGGUCAAAUUUCGGCCAUUGACCUCAUAAACAGGGAACUGAUAAAUUUGAAAAAGUCAUCUACAUUAUUAGACCCUGGGUUUGAAUUACAAUCUUAUAUUAUAAAGCCUAUUCAAAGGUUAUGUAAAUACCCAUUAUUAUUGAAGGAGUUAAUCAAAAAUUCACCUGAAUCCAUAUCUGACAACAAUAACUCCCACUCUGCUGCAUAUAACGAAUUGAUAUUGGCCAACUCUGCCAUAAAAGAAGUUGCCAACCAAGUUAACGAAGCUCAAAGAAGAUCUGAAAAUGUUGGUUACUUACAAAGUUUAAUUGAAAGGGUAAAUAACUGGAGAGGAUUUAAUUUGAAGGAUCAAGGUGAACUACUUCAUCAUGGCGUUGUGGGUGUUAAAGACUCAGAAAAUGAAAAAGAAUACUUCGCUUACUUAUUUGAAAAAAUUAUUUUCUUUUUCGUUGAUGGUUCGAAUGCAUCAAAAGAUAAAGAGGGCAAAAAGAAAAGGGAUAUCUUAUCUUCAAGAAAGAAGUCUCAGUCUUCUUCAACAACAAACCUCUUGGAUACGUUAAAUCAUGCCAAGGAUAAAUCAUUGCUAGAACUAAAGGGUAGAGUAUAUAUCCUGGAAAUUUAUAAUAUUUCCAUAUCAAAUUCUCAAGGAUAUACAUUAGUCAUUUCAUGGUCCGGUAAAAAGGAAAGUGGAUCAUUUACAUUAAGAUAUAGGACCGAAGAAUUGAGGAACCAAUGGGAAAAAUGCUUAAGAACUUUAAAGACGAACGAAAUGAAUAAUCAGAUUCAUAGAAAAUUACGCGACUCUCAUGGAUCAUUAUUAACUAAUGAUUCUACAGGAUAUGAUGGUAGUUAUGGUCAUAAUUCUCAUGAUGGCUAUUCAUCCAGAUCAUCGAAUGGAUCCACCUAUCAACGUCAUCAUUCUUCGUCAUCCACAUUCAGCAUGAUGAGGCAGUCAAGGUCGAAAUCUUCAUCCGAUCACCAGAAUGCACGUACAUCUUCAUCUUCGUUGUCUAAUUCUGCAAACAACGUAUCUUCAGAUAGGAACGAGUAUUCAUUCCUGUCCGCAGCUUCUGGAUCUUCGAUUAUUGCCAUAAAAUUAGUCUAUAAUAAAAUAGAAAUUCCGGAUGUGUUGCUAGUUUCAACUGCAAUACAAUUUCAUGAUUUGCAUCUGAAAAUAUCUUCAAAGAUUGCUGCUAGUGACGAGGUUAAUGAAGAUAUCAUAGUCAAUAAGUUGAAGUACAAAGAUGAAGAUGGUGAUUUCGUGGUUAUGGACUCUAAUGAUGACUGGACAUUAGCCAUUGAUACUUUGGAUGAGCUCAUCGAAAGUAAUGAAAGCGAUGAGCGUAUUAUAACAAUAUGGGCAUCGUGA